AGGGGGACACUGAACAUGAUAACAAGAUGUUUAGUCUAACAAUGCUUCUCAGUAGCACUAUCAUUUACAAUAACACGGGUGUUUUCAAUCAAGAUGCUGUUGAAAAAUUGGCCUUUAUAACACGAGUAUCGAAAAAAUGUACAGGUUUUGCCCAGAUUAAACAAAGAAGAUAAUGAAAAUACCAUGAAAGUAAUCACUCUUAUUUUCAUUUUGUGUCUUCGAGACUUUUAUCUUGAGGUAAUAGACGAAGAUGGUACAGAAAUGUCUCCUGAUAAAUACUUUGAGGAUUGUUUGUCCAUGUCAGACGGCCAAGGCAAGGAGAAAAUUGACGAAACGAGGGAAUGCAUCAAAAAAUACUUUCCCAGAAGAAAAUGUUUCACGCUUGCACAACCAGCUAUGGGCAGAAAGCUUGCUAAAGUUGAUGCUUAUGAGGAUAAUCAACUCAACGACGAAUUUGUUAGUGACUGUAACAGUCUUCAAGAAUAUGUGUAUGCAUGUGAACAUAAAGUUACAGACGGAGUUACAAAGGCUCCGGUUCAAGGUAAUGACUUUGAAUCCUUUACGCGAACAUAUGUCGAAGCAAUGCGGGCAGGGUCAAUGCUGUCAUACGAGACAGCAUUUGAUCAGGUGUCCAAGUUUCACAACAGCAAGUUGGUUGUUACAUCUGUACAUGAAUUUGAAACUGAACUAAAAAGAAUGGACACACCCGUAAAGCGUAAAACGGACAUAGAAGGAAAAACAUUUGACAUACUUACCAAAAAGCUCAAACAGUUGAGGGAAAAGAUGUAUCCGUACAAAAUUAAUAUUUUCGAAGAUAAAGCAUUGAACAAAAUGAAAACAAUUGCUGAUGAAUUUCGUGAACAAAACAGUGCACUGGUUCUACACAUCCUACUAGAAGCUCUUGAAAAGCUUCACGAGGACAUCAUUAAACAAAAUGAGAUUUGGUUUGAUUCAAAGGAAGGCUUGAAAUUGUACAGUCAGAGUAUCGAUUGUAUGAAAGUGUUGUUCAACAGCAAAAUGCAAGACUAUGACGAAGAUGAGCGGUUGAAAGCAAUUAUCAAUUUCGAAAAGAGUAUCGAUGAUGAGAAAGUGAGGAUUGCUUUCAACGCACAGUUGCAUGAGGAGAAGGAAAGAAAAGAGCUUUUGGAAAAAGAAUUAAACAAAAGUGUUAAGCUUAUGUUCGAUAAAAAGUUUGAGAAACUUGAAGCUGAGCGAACAGCACACAUGGAAGAGAAAAUGCGUGAAUUCGAAAGAAAUUACACAGAAAGGGCUGGUGAAGAAGCAGUAAAAAAGAAGUCGUUUCUUGAACGCUUCAAACUACUGUUUAUUAGAAACAAUUCCUCACAUACUUUUAUUCUGCUUCAUAUAGUUGAUGGAAGGAAUAUAAUAGUCAAAUUGUUGUGAAGGUUGAUUCAAACUUACAACGGGUUUUAUGAACAUCCCUUUAACUUAGAAUUUAAUUUACUUUAAAACUUAAUGAUGUUGAACGUGUAUUGUUUAUGGACAUUUCAGUCUUGGUAUUCAAUAUGUUUCAAUAUUGAUUAUUAUGCUUAGUUUGAUUGUAUUGAGUAACUUUCUAGAACUAAUUGAUACAUUCUUUUACAGUCACUUAGCAUGGCCUAAGAUUUUUUCAUACUUUACAUGUAUAGUUAUAUACGAGAUAUAGGUAAUGGUUUUACUUUCUCUUUUAACGUAUUGAGAUACAAGUUGUUGAUUUCGCAUUUACAUAUCUUUAUAAAUAUGUUUAGUUUCUAAAAAAUAGUAUUUUGGUUCUUUUGAUUAUUUGCAAUACUUUUAUAGUAAAUUCUCAUUACCAGUAAUUUGCAGACCGAUCAGAUUUGUUAAUACAAUGCCACCUUGGAUUCAGAAGUUCAUCUUACCCGGCUUCUCUGCGACUUCUGACAUUCUGCUGCUUAUUUUUGAAAAAGAAGAAUCUCUAGAAGCUCUCUAAGGUUAAAAAAUAUUGAUUAAUUUAUUUUAGGCACUUUGGCAUUUAAGAAAAACUUACAGAUAACUUAAUUCACUGAUACAAUUUUGACGAAUUUGAAAGUAAUUUUGUGGCAAUUUCGUUUGACAAAAUUAUUUGAUUAAUAUACUUUGUUUCUUCUAAUUUGUAGCCAUCUGGAAUCUUAAGAUUGUCAAAAAAGUUUAAUAACACAGAAUCGGUGA